ACUUCUCACUUCUAUUGCUCCUCAUCACCUCUCCAAUUCCCUCUUCACUCAUUUCUUAUCUAUCAAACUCAAAACUCACCAACACAACACAUCUCUCCAUUUCUCUAAGCCCAUCUCCUCCCUUACCCUUUGGCCCUCCUAACUUCUACUUCUCCUCCUCCUCCUCCUUCACCACCACCACACACACAACUCUCUCUCUCUCUCUCUCUCUCUCUCUCUCUCUCUCUAUGGCAACCAAUUCUUUCCAAUCCAUAUACCACAAUCACCACUCACUCCUCAACCACCACCACAUAGAGAUUGUUCCUUCAACCCUCUCCUCCACUCUCUUUCUCAAACCCACCACCACAAACACCCCAAACACCAUAAGCACUUCUUCUCUCUCCUCCACCAAAACCUUCUCAAUCUCACCCACCACUUCACUCUCCACACCCUCCUCCACCCAAGCCAUCUCCUUUGACCUCCUACAGCAGCACCUCUCCACCCAGAACUUCCGCGAAGCGGACGAAGAAACCCGCCGCCUCCUCAUCGUCCUGGCCGGAGAACAAGCCCAGAAGCGAGGCUACGUCUUCUUCUCCGAGGCCCAGUUCAUCUCAGAAGCCGACCUCAAGGCCAUUGACGACCUCUGGAGGCAGCACAGCAACAACAAAUUUGGGUACAGCGUCCAGAGAAAAAUAUAUGGCAAAGUGAGCAAUGACUUCACCAAAUUCUUCAUUAAGGUUGGGUGGAUGAAGAAGCUGGACACAGAAGUUGAGCAAUACAACUACAGAGCCUUCCCCAAUGAGUUCAUCUGGGAGCUCAACGAGGACACACCAGAAGGCCAUCUGCCAUUGACGAAUGCUUUGAGAGGAACCCAGCUGCUCAAAAGCAUUUUAGAACAUCCAGCUUUCAAGCCCACAGAGGAAGAGCUGCUUCAGGCCAAGGCUGCAGGUGAAGACAUGGGCAAUGGAGUUACAGGGUUGAAAGGGUUCAUGGAUGGCUCCAAAAGCAAAAGAGUGCUCAAAUCAGACUAUAGCUUUUGAAUUUGAAAUAUGAUCAAUUUGAAUGUUCUGGAACUUACCCAGUAUCAAUAUUUGCACAGGAAAUUAAAAUGACAUUUGGGGUUUUUGUAACAAUUAAUUAAUGUGCUUGGUUCA